AACGCGGGCUUGUGUUGACGACCGGCCUGGGAUCCUGAGCCUCGCGGUCCAGUGGGAUCCGCCCACGCCAUGCGCACCGUUUCGCGGCGGCAAAGGCCACGGCUAGACCCUUCCAGGCCUCUAGCGACACCAGCGGCUCUCCGGCUGCCUUCCCUGUUUGGUGGUGGCCUUUAGCCCCCGACGGCCGCGCCCGCUGGGGAGGCCGCGGCGAUGGACGAAGGCCAGGAUCGCAGCUUCAGGAACAAGUCCAGCAGCCCCCGCCGCGUUCCGGUGGUCGCCGUGGUGACUGAGGACGAAGAGACGCAGGGUGUUUUCAAGCCUAUGGACCUUAAUCACGUCAUCCAACUCCUUGAAGAAAAUGAUAAAGAUGAUUUAGAAGAAAAACAACUUAAAUCUGUCAAGAAACUGGUGCAGUGUUAUCAGAAUGGACUUCCAUUAAGAGAUUUAGCAAAAAUAUUUAAAAUUCUGAAUCUGUGCGCAGCAAAAAUUGAAAACCAGCACCAGUUUGUAGAAUCUGUAUAUGAUAUCCUAAAAUUGUGUAGCUUGCCAUUUUUGAAAAAAAAAGUAUCGGAUGAAAUAACUUAUGCUGAAGAUACUGCUAACUCAGUUGCACUUCUGGGUGACUUAAUGAAAAUACCGAGCUCUGAAUUGAGGAUACAAAUUUGUAAGUGUAUUGUCAACUUUUAUCAUGCAGAGCCACCAAAGAAGUACAUUCCAGGUUACCAACAAGCUAGUUCAUCAUACAAGGCUAAAAUGGCCGAGGUCGGAGGAUUGGCAAAAACAAUGGUUCAGUCAAUUACCUUGCUUGAAAAUCAACUCAUUGAGAAACUUUGGGUACUUAAAGUUCUGCAGCAUCUUUCAACUUCUGAAGGUAACUGUACUUUAAUGGUGAAAGCACAAGCAGCCAGCAAAAUCUGUGCUCACCUCAAUGACCCAGAUCCCUCCGGACAGCUUCUGUUUCGUUCAACAGAAAUACUCUGGAACUUAUUGGAAAAGUCUCCAAAACAGGAAAUCAUACAACAGCUUAGUACCUUGGAAUGUUUAGUGACUCUGAAGGAAGUAUUUAAAAAUCUGUUUAUGAGAGGCUUUAGUCAUUACGAUCGCCAGCUUAGAAAUGAUAUAUUAGUGAUCACAACAAUUAUAGCUCAAAACCUGGAAGCACCAAUGAUUGAAUGUGGCUUUACCAGAGAUUUGAUCCUAUUUACAACUUUUAAUGAAGUUAAAAGUCAAAACCCUUUGGUAAAAGGUCUUAAGCUUUCUAAUUCCUAUGAAGAUUUUGAGUUGAAGAAAUUGCUAUUCAAUAUAAUUGUGAUCUUAUGUAAAGAUCUGCCUACUGUACAGCUAUUAAUUGAUGGCAAAGUUGUUUUGGCUUUACUUACCUAUGUUAAAAAGCCGGAGAAACACAAAGUAAUGGAAUGGUCUGCCGCACAGUAUGAAGACUUACAACUGCAUGCAAUUGCAACUUUGUCAUCAGUUGCUCCCUUGUUAAUAGAAGAGUACCUGUCGUGCCAGGGAAAUGCUCGAGUCCUGGCAUUUCUGGAAUGGUGUGAGAGUGAAGAUCCCUUCUUUAGUCAUGGUAACAGUUUUCAUGGUACAGGUGGCCGUGGCAAUAAGUUUGCACAGAUGCGUUACACUUUAAGACUCCUGAGAGCCAUGGUCCACCUUGAAAAUGAGACUGUGAACACAGAUCUUUGUGAAAAGGGAACAAUCCAGCAACUGAUAGGAAUCUUUAAAAAUAUUAUAAGCCGUCCUAAUGAAAAAGAAGAGGCCAUUGUUUUAGAAAUCCAAUCUGACAUAUUACUUAUCUUAUCUGGUCUUUGUGAACAUCAUAUUCAAAGAAAGGAAAUUUUUGGAACUGAAGGAGUAGAUAUAAUUCUUCAUGUAAUGAAAACAGAUGCCAAGAAGUUACAGAGUGACUUAGGGUAUAAUGUACUUCUGUUUAGUACACUGGACAGUAUUUGGUGCUGCAUUUUGGGGUGUUAUCUCUCAGAAGAUUACUUUCUUGAAAAGGAAGGCAUUUUUCUCCUGUUGGAUGUUUUGGCUUUAAACCAAAAAAAAUUCUGCAAUCUAAUACUUGGAAUAAUGGUUGAAUUUUGCGAUAAUCCCAAAACUGCGGCUCAUGUCAAUGCUUGGCGAGGGAGGAAGAAUCAGACAGCUGCUAGUCUUUUAAUUAAAUUGUGGAGAAAAGAAGAAAAAGAACUAGGAGUAAGGCGUGAUAAAAAUGGGAAGAUCAUUGAUACAAAGAAACCUCUGUUUACUAGUUUUCAAGAACAGCAAAAAACCAUACCUUUGCCUGCUAACUGCCCCUCGAUUGCAGUCAUGGAUGUUGCUGAGAAUAUCAGAGCAAAAAUUUAUGCUGUGCUGGGAAAACUAGAUUUUGAAAACUUACCUGGCCUAUCUGCUGAACAUUUUGUCACCCUCUGUAUCAUACACAGAUAUCUUGAUUUUAAAAUUGGUGAAAUAUGGAAUGAAAUAUAUGAAGAAAUAAAACUGGAAAACUUAAGGCCAGUCACUUCAGAUAAAAGAAUUUUGGAAACUAUUACAAUAGCAUCAGAAAAUAUUGGCAAGAUGGUUGCUUCUCUGCAAAGUGAGAUGAUCGAAAGCCAAGCACGCCAAGAUGUGCAAAAUGAGCAAAAAGUAUACACAAAAAUACAAACAACACAUAAGCAAAGAGAACUGGCUAAUAAAUCAUGGGAAAAUUUCUUGGCUAGAACAUCAAAUACUAAAACAUUAAAGAAAGCAAAAAGGCUGCAAGAAAAGGCUAUAGAAUCCUCUAAGUACAAUGAGCGAACACAAAAUGCAGUACUCCACCCAACGGUUAUUAAAGGCCUUAACACAACGAUUCCCUCUGGUCGAGUAGUAACAGUGGAAAGCACUCCUGUCAGAUUACUGGGAGGACCUCUGGCAGACACAGAUAUUGCUCUUAAAAAACUGCCUGUUCGAGGAGGAGCCUUGCAGAGAGUGAAAGCAGUUAAAACUGUGGAUGAGGCAAAAAAGAGUAUUCCUAUUUAGCGCACUUUAGAGACUUUUUGAAAUACAUCCUGCUUAUAAUUUUGGGUAAAUAUAUCUUUAUAUACAAAUGCAAAGCAACCGUUUUAGAAUAAAUACUUUAGUAAAAUGCUAUAAAAUGAAGAGGACACAGAAUUUAUCUUUUAGAAAAAGAUCAGCACAUAAUAUCAAAAACAUCAUCAGUUUCUUUGGAAAGACUGCAAAUUCUCUUAACUGAAAUUAUGAAUCUGGUGGAUCACUUAGGACUCUUGCAUGUGAACUGCCCCAGAUACUUUAGCUAAAAUAUUAUAAGUUCUGUAUCUGUCCAACCUAGGAAUCAUUUAGACUCUUGACAGCCCGCUCCUGAGUGAUUCGUUAUGACUUUGGCCAGAUCUGAGUACUUCCUGUUGGAGCCAAAGCAGGCCAAUGCCACCCCGUGCACUUGUUGGGGUGCCGUGGGGAAUCAAGGUACUGAUGUCAGAAGUAUAAACUAACGCUAGGCAACAACAAAUGUACUGAUCACAGUCAAAUGAGUUACAUCUGCUGGAAAAAGCAAAUGUUAAUCAUGAGCUAAUCAAUAAAAAUACAAAUA